CCCAAUCCUUGUCGGAGUGGAAACACGGGGGCCGACAGUCGUCUUUUUUCCUCGUUGUGCUUUCUUUAAUUUCACCCGCUUCACUCUCUCUUUUCCUCAGUUGACAACUUUUCUUUUCUCUCCCUCCUUUCCGCUCCGUUAGAAGGUUUUAAAACCCUGCCCAUGUAAGCUGUAGUUAUGUAUUUAUUUAUUUAUGUAUUCUCUUUUUAAUCAAACGGAAUAGAUAGGGUGUAUAUAUAUAUAUAUAUAUAUAUAUAUAUAUAUAUAUAUAUAUAUUAGGUGUAUCACAAAUGAGAAGACGCAAAAGAUGGAGCUACACAUUUUAGAGCACAGUUUGAAAGUAGCAAGUGUAGCGAAAGAGGGCAUCCAGGCUUGCACUCACGGAUUAAUCAAACUAGCUUUUCUGCCCUCUAAAACAAGAUGUAAAUUCUUUAGUUUAACCGAAACACCAGAGGAUUAUACCAUCAUUGUGGAUGAAGAUGGCUUUAAAGAGCUGCCGGAGUCAGAAUAUCUCAGUGUGGCAGAUGCGACGUGGUUAGCUCUCAAUGUGGUGUCAGGGGGCGGGAGCUCCACCAGUUCUCAGCCAAUAGGUGUAACAAAAAUAGCAAAGUCUGUCAUCGCCCCGCUGGCUGAUCACAACAUCUCAGUUUUCAUGCUGUCCACCUAUCAAACGGAUUAUAUAUUGGUCCGUGAGAGGGACCUGCCCAUGGUCAUGCACACGCUAUCUUCAGAGUUCACUCUCCUGAGGGUUGUCAACGGAGAAACGGUUGCUGCCAACAGUAUUGGGGUCAACAAUGGUUUUGUCAAGCCUAAAAUAGUACCUCGGCCGAUCAUUCACCCUCUUUCCAGCCCCAGUAACAUGUUCUGUGUUACCAGCCUGGACCCCGACACGCUGCCCUCGGUGGCCACGCUGCUCAUGGACGUCAUGUUCUACUCGGGCGGAGCAAAAGAGACUGAGCAGAACGAGGAUUCUGGACACAUCCGCUUUUUCUCGUUCUCGCUGAUCGAAGGGUACAUAUCUCUGGUCAUGGAUGAGCAGACAACACGGAGAUUUCCAAACAAUGUCCUCUUCACCAGCGCUUCAGGAGAGCUUUGGAAGAUGGUUCGCAUUGGAGGACAGCCUUUAGGGUUUGAUGAAUGUGGCAUUGUGGCUCAGAUAUCUGAACCUCUGGCGACCGCCGACAUUCCAGCCUAUUAUAUCAGUACCUUCAAAUUUGAUCAUGCUCUGGUUCCUGAGGAGAAUAUCCAGAGCGUGAUUGGAGCCUUGAGGACCAAUGAGAGCACAAGACAGUGAGACUCCUCGUGACUGGACGUGGAGUCCCACGUCCCUGCAAACAUAUUUGAUUUCUUAUGUCAAACUCAUAAAAGUGCCAAGAGCUUUCCCAAGGACUGGUUAUAGGGGAAGGUUUGGAGGGGGGUCGGGGGGUCUUUAGUCAGUAUUGAUCAUUGCGUCACUAGCCACCAUCUCUGCAUCACUUCCUGUCCAAUUCCUGUCUACCUGCAAAAAAGCCCUUGCCCAACCCAAAACCCCCAUUCACAUGAACAGGGACAUGUUGUGGUAUAUGGUGAUGGUGUGAAUCCAGUGUUUUUCUUCUCUGCUCUUUUUUUUUUUUUUCUCCCUACCAACCCUCUUUCUCUUAUCCACCCCUCCUCCGCACACCAUUUUACCAUGGCAACAAGGCCUGCUCAAUCCUGGGCCUGGAUUUCAAAUACCAACUCUUCAGACAUUGCAAAUAACCAGCAUGCAUUAGUGGCAGGAGGACACAGAAUGUACUUAAAUGUUCAUUAUCUGUUUUCCCUUGCAGUGCCAAGACACAGGGCCUAAACAAUCUCCUUUUCUAAAGUAUGAGUUGGUUGAGUUUUUAGUGAAAGACUACAGUUCAGUUAUAUGUUUAAGUCGCAAGUUCAGUUUUUGUGAAAGAAGCAUUUCAUGGCUGUUCAGAACGUUUCUCGUUUUUGUUUCGAGGUUUUGUACGUUUCCACCCACCUCAAUCUUAAAGUUGCAUUUCAAUCCCAAGCUGCUGGGUAAAUAAAUAGCUGUUGCUUUUGCAUUCACAGUACAAUCAAUGAUUUUUCUGUUUGCCUGGCCGAGAUGGCAGCGAAUGUCCAGAGAUUUUGUCCAGCGUGUGGAUUCAGGUUAGGUGAAACUUGCAUUUGUUCAAGUUGAGUACACGGAAGUACCAAACAAAUUGUGCAGUUUACUGUAUACUGUUUUAAAACACUCAUUUCGGCUUUUAUUUGCUACAUUACCUUCCCCAUGUAUGUCUGGAGUAGUCACGUGUUUGUGAUUUUGGACAUAAAGAUGGCAACCAUACUUGCUCCUUUGAGUAUUUCAAAGCUGUCUCUUCAUCUGUAGAGGAAGCUGGUGGGGAAUGUCGUAUUUUUGAUUGCUCCGUAAGAGUCAAGUGUUACAGACACUGGCCUUGGUUUAGGCCUUCAAGCUCCCCUUGUCUGCACUUUAUUAAAGGUCUAUCUUGAUGAUCUUACUAUACUGAUGUGAAAUAGAGGGGAUGAGUUUUUUCCCCUGGAAGGAGUCUCUUGUAGGAGGUUUAAUUGCUUUUUACACGUGUCUCUUUUCCACAAGUUUUUUUUCUCCUAUCAUCUCUGAAGCAAAGAUUUGCAGAAACCAUGUAUUUAUCAGUGUUAAAAAGGGUGGCAUUUCUUCUCUGACAAGGAUGUGAAAACCAUAUCGUUUUUCAGCUUAGUUUGUUUAGGGGUUUUUUUUAUUAUGAAAUGUUACUCUCUUCCACUGUUCAAACCAUGUUUUCUUAAGAGCACAGAGGGGAUUUACACCAUACGAUUGUGAGACCAUGUGCCAAUUUUGGAUUUCUUAAGUUUAUAUUAAUUUGCUCAUAUUUGUGAUUUAUUUCUGUGGGAUAUAAGCUGAAUCCUAUGAUCUUUGCGUAGGCUGCUUCUGACUACCCAUACAAAUGAUUGAUUUCAUUUGAAGAAUUGCAUUGAUUAAACAAAUUCAGACAACAGAAAAGAUCCAAAUUUUGUUGACUUGUCUUUUUUGAUGCAGUGUGUUGGUCAGAAACGAUGUCUCUUUAUACUUGCACAUUAAAGAGGGCGAUUUUUCAA